AUGAGGAACACUUGUCCUGAGGUAAAGGAUGGGGAGAGGGGCGAGGACGCGACCGAAACAGCACGCGCCGCGGGUUUCGGCCGCGAGCCGCCCCUCGCCCGCGACGCGCGCGCUCACCUCGCCCUGGUGGCCACGGCCGGCAUUUGCGCGCGCCUGCAAGCGCUCCCCAGCGAGGCGCUCGGCACAGCGGCGCCGCCGCCCCAGCGCCUCACCGCGGCGGGCUCGAGUUGGUCGUGGAUGCUCGCCACGCAGGAAGAGGAUUCGCCACGCAGGAAUUGGUCGCGGAUGCUCGCCACGCAGGAGUUGGUCAACCCGGACAUGGCCAUCCUCGGCUUCCUCGUCCUGCUGGUCUUGCUGUGCCUAGGCUGCAUCGUCUACGCCUACGUUGUCGCCUUCGAGAGAAGGAAGUACAACAGCAGCCGCGAACUGCUGGUCGCGGGGGCCGCCGCCGGAGACGGCCACAGCUCCGCCUCGCCCUCGCCCUCGCCCUCGCCGCCCGGCAGCCCGCAGGCGCCGCACGGGCGCCGUCGCAGGUGA